AUGUACAACGGUAUUGGCCUCAAGACGGCGCGCGGCACGGGCACCAACGGCUACAUCCAACGCAACCUCUCCAACGUCCGACCGCGCGACAAUCCCUUCACCAAACCCGCCUCCUCGUCCGCCCCCGACGUGCGACACACGCAGCCGGAUGCAGCGAUUCUGGAGCACGAACGCAAGCGCCGCGUCGAAGUGCGCUGCAUGGAGCUGCGCAUCCAGCUCGAAGACGACGACGUGCCCGACGACGAGAUUGAGCUCCAGGUGCAGGCGCUGCGCGAGAAGCUGACGGCACAAUUGGAGCAGCAGCGCGAGGAGGAGGCGGUGUCGAAGGUCGAUGCGGCUCGGUUGAGGGUCGGCGACACGCACAGGCUGGCGGAAGCUAAGCAGCAUGAUGAGCGACGAUUCGCUCGGGCGGUGGGGGUGGAGAGCGGGUAUAGGGAGGGCGAUGCGUUUGAUCGCGAGCUGCAGGAACGCAAGAAGCAGGAACGCAUCGAAGAGCGAAGGAGGAGGGACGAGGAGAGGAAGAGAGAGUGGGAUAGGAGGAAGGAGCAGCAGGCUGAGGCGAGGAGGGAGCGCGAAAGGCCGCACGAGGAGAGGGAUGCUGGAUGGACUAGACACAGUGCGAGGGAGGAAAAGGUGUCGCGUUCGCCCUCGCCUCGCGCAAGGAAGCGCAGCAAGUACAGCGAAAGUUCGGGAUCCGAGUCCGACUCGAGCGAGCGAUCCCCGCGACGCAGAGAUGACGGCAGGGGAAAGAGGCGAGAGGUGCAACGUGGACGUACGAGAAGUCGAUCCGCUUCCAGAUCGAGCUUCACCUCCAGCUCCAGGUCGAGGUCGAGGUCGAGGUCAAGGUCGAGCUACGAUUCUCGUUCGCGCUCGCGAUCAAGGUCGAGGUCGAGAUCACGCUCUGUAUCACGUUCGCGUUUGCGUUUGCGUUCGCGCUCGCGUUCGCGCUCAGCCUCGUCUCGAUCGCACAGCGUCGGUCGUCGUCGCUCCUACUCGCGCUCACCCUCUCGCUCCGUCUCCUCCCGCAGCCGCAGCCGCAGCCGCAGUGGCAGUCUCAGUCGCAGUGUUACUCCCGUACGCGCGCUUCCACCCGGCCCGCCACCCACACGCCCCCCAGGCCUUUGA